UCCUCCCGCGGAUGUUUCCUCUGAGUGUGUGCGGGAGAUGGUUUAGUUCGUGAGGACAGAUCUGAACAUCCCAGAGGGACACGGAGACAGAGAGACACCGGGACAACACCGGGUAAACACCGGGACACCGCCGAGCAUCACCACCCAGGAAGCUGAGUGUGACUGUGUGAUUGUGUUUGUAUGUGUUAGUCUGUGUGUGUGUGUGUGUGAUUGAGGAGCUGCCAUCGAACCGAACUCCCUCUCAGGGUGAUGGUGGUUCCGUACGAGGGCCAGUCCUUCUCCGCUCUGAGGAGGCAGUGCCAGCAGAAUGGACGUCUGUUUGAAGAUCCUCUGUUUCCUGCGUCCGACCAGUCUCUGUUCUACCAGAGCAACCGCAUCGGCCAGGUCACCUGGAAGAGGCCCAAGGAGUUAUGCAGCGACCCCCAUCUGUUCGUGGACGGCAUCAGUGCCCACGACCUGCACCAGGGUCAGCUGGGAAACUGCUGGUUCGUGGCCGCCUGCUCCAGCCUGGCCUUCAGAGAGUCGCUGUGGCAGAAGGUGAUCCCGAGCUGGAAGGACCAGGAGUGGGACAAAGACAAGCCGGAGUCGUAUGCUGGGAUCUUCCACUUCCAGUUCUGGCGGUUCGGUGAGUGGGUGGACGUGGUGGUCGACGACCGGCUGCCCACGGCCAGCGGGGAGCUGGUGUACUGCCACUCCAACGACAGCAACGAGUUCUGGAGCGCGCUGGUGGAGAAGGCCUACGCCAAGAUGUGUGGAUGCUACGAGGCGCUGGACGGGGGCAACACGGCCGACGCCCUCGUGGAUUUCACCGGCGGCGUGUCGGAGCCACACAACUUGAUAGAGAACGGCUACAAAGACGAUGAGGAGAAACGCAACGAGCUGUUCGAGAGGGUCCUGAAGGUCCACGACAGAGGAGGCCUCCUCAGCUGCUCCAUCCGGGCAGACAGCGCGGCGGACAUGGAGGCCCGGCUGGCCUGCGGCCUGGUGAAGGGUCACGCCUACGCGGUGACAGACGUCCGCCGGGUGAGGCUGGGUCACGGCCUUCUGGCCUUCUUCAGGUCAGACAAACUCACCAUGAUCCGCAUGAGGAACCCGUGGGGCCAGAAGGAGUGGACCGGGCCCUGGAGCGACAGCUCUGAGGAGUGGCAGAGGGUCAGUAAGGGGGAGCGGGAGAAGAUCGGCGUCACGGUGCAGGAUGACGGCGAGUUCUGGAUGACAUUUGAUGAUUUUGUUGAUAACUUCACGGACCUCAUCCUCUGUCGCCUCAUCAACACGUCCUACCUGAGUUUCCACAAGACCUGGGAGGAGGCUGUGGUGCGGGGCUCCUGGCGGCGCCACGACGACCCCCUCCUCAACCGAGCGGGGGGGUGCAUCAACAACAAGAGCUCCUUCCUCCAGAACCCACAGUACGUGUUCGACGUGAACAAGCCAGAGGACGAGGUUCUGAUCUGUCUGCAGCAGAAGGAUCGCAGAGCCCGACUGAGGGAGGGGCGAGGAGAGAACCUGGCCAUGGGCUUCGACAUUCACAGGGUGGAGUUAAACCGGACGUAUCGUAUGCACGUCACGCAGCAGAAGGUCGGUGGGAGUAGCUACAUCAACUCGAGGUCUGUGUUCCUCCGCUUCGAGCUGACGGAGGGACGCUACGUCAUCAUACCCACGACCUUUGACCCCGGCCUGGAGGGAGACUUCCUGCUCCGCGUCUUCACCGAUGUGUCCGCAGACUGCAAGGAGUUGACCCAACACGUGCCCCCACAGACCUGCUGGUCCGGGAUCUGUGGUUAUCCCUCUCUGGUCACACAGGUCCACGUGCUGCAGGCCAACGGACUCGCAGGACAAGACGCUGGUGGAGAGUCAGACCCCUAUGUGAUCAUUCGCUGUGAGGGAGAGAAGGUUCGCUCUCCGGUCCAUAAGAACACACGCAGCCCCGUGUUCAACACCAAGGGGCUGUUCUACAGGAAGAAGGCCAACCAGCCAAUCAGCAUCGAGCUCUACAACCACAACGCGCUGAUGGACUCGUUCCUGGGUCAGGUGACCCUCCGGACCGAUCAGGGCGAUUUCCAGCAGACGCUCCACCUGCAGGACAAGGGCAAUCGCCGUGACAACGACCUCCCCGGUACCCUCACUGUCGCCAUAGUGACCAGCACGGUGCUCACCGACAUCUGAGGCUGUUCCACCGAAGUGACGCACCCCAGGCUGUUCCACCGAAGUGACGCCGCCGAUUCAGAAACGUUUACAUCUCAACGUGACAGAGGUUUACUUUUUUUAAGGACUUUGACUUUAAUGAAAUGCAUCCAGCAGGAGGUGGGACGUCCACCAUCACAUGGGACUUUGUGUUUUAGCUUCAUAUCGAUAAACGCGUGUUUACAAUAUUAUGUACAGCCUGUUGUGGAGGAGCGUCCGGCUGGUGUCUGCUGCACGUGAGCCUCGUGGGUCACAGCCAAAACCAUCUUUCACCACACAGUCAAUAUCUUAUCUGUACAAACAUAAAUAUUUGCAACACUUCCUUUAGCUGUUUCAAAGUAAAAGCCUUUCUGUUGACUGUGAGCUCACAGACUUAGAUUCAGUCGAGGACACGUUGUGUAUCAGCUCCACCACACGCUCAGCACAUCACAGUGUGGCCCAGGUCGGAUCUUAAUAUCCUGUUUACAUUGUCUUCUUCUGAUUGGUUCUCAUCUUAUCUUCUUCAGCAGCUACUGAGUGGAAUGUGUAUUCUACUGUUUAGUCUGUUUGAUCCUUUCCUUUUGUUUGAGUUUACUGUCUCUAAAUCAUGUAACUUUUUAUAAUGUUUCUUCUAUCCCUAUCUUUUAUAUUGACAGAAGCUUUAAAUGUGAACUUUCCUUGUCUAGUAAACACAGAAGUCUUCCAAUGUGGCAUCAGCUUGAUAAGAUGAACUCAGUUUGCAGGUUAAUAUCAAACAGCUUCACCUAAUGCAGUUAUAAUCACUAAUGCACAAUAUGUAAGUUAACUGUUCCAGAAAGAUGGCGACCGUCUUAUUUGUCAUUCCGGAGGCUGCAGAGGUGCUUGUGUCAUUUUCAUCAGGUUCAUCCAUCCAUCCAUUUAUCCAUUGUUAUCUACGUUAUGUUUAAUGAAUAAUUCAUGAUAUUAUUUUUAUCGUAGAGUCAGAAAAAGAGAGUUAUGUGAUAAUAUCAAUAAAUUCAUUUAACAUGGGAAAUAAUUCUCGGCCAUAACUUUCCUACUGACUUUCGUUGAUAUCUUUCAUACUGUGACAGGUGUCAUGGUUUCAAAAUGUUUUACAUUCAAUUAAAUUUGGUAUUAAAAUGUCUUAAA